UGAGGGGCCUUGCUGAUUGGCUGAAAGGUGCUGGAGCCGGGAGACCUGGCCCUGCCGGGGAUGGGCGGUGCCGUGGGUUUGGUCCUGGAGUUGGUGACCGGCUUCGGUGCGACGAUCAUGGCAGCUCGGACUGGUAAGAGGGCCCUCAUAAAGGUGGUCUCGGUCUCGGGAUGUCGUCCAAAGUCGAUGGCAGCAGCUGGAGCCCUCAAUCCGGCGCAGGGGCCUGCGCGCAACGUCAGAUAUUUAGCUUCCUGUGGUAUACUGAUGAGCAGAACUCUUCCACUACAUACCUCAGUGUUGCCUAAGGAGAUACAUGCAAGAACUUUCUUCAAAAUAGCUGCACCAUUAAUAAACAAAAGAAAAGAAUAUUCAGAGAGGAGAAUUAUAGGAUACUCUAUGCAGGAAAUGUAUGAUGUCGUAUCAGGAAUGGAGGAUUACAAGCAUUUUGUUCCUUGGUGCAAAAAAUCAGAUAUAAUAUCAAAGAGAUCUGGAUACUGCAAAACACGAUUAGAAAUUGGGUUUCCACCUAUAUUGGAGCGCUAUACAUCAGUAGUAACCUUGGUGAAACCACACUUAAUAAAGGCAUCCUGUACAGAUGGGAAGCUUUUCAAUCAUUUGGAGACUGUUUGGCGUUUCAGCCCCGGUCUGCCUGGCUACCCAAGAACUUGUACCUUGGAUUUUUCAAUUUCUUUUGAAUUUCGGUCACUUCUACACUCUCAGCUUGCCACAUUGUUUUUCGAUGAAGUUGUAAAGCAGAUGGUAGCUGCCUUUGAAAGAAGAGCUUGUAAGCUGUAUGGUCCAGAAACAACUAUACCUCGGGAAUUAAUGCUUCAUGAAGUUCAUCACACGUAAAGGGAAAAAAGAACUGGAACUGGUCACCUACUUGUAAUUUUAGUUUAUUCACUUUUAGAACAUGCUUUUAUCAUUUGCUUUCAGACGUCAGAAAGCACUUGUUCAACCCAGCUUUGAUUAUAAGCCUACACUGCUGAAAAUUUGCUCUUGGAAUAUGGAACCAUGUGUACCUAGAAUUCAAUCAAGUAUAAUUCAAAGUAAUGUGUACAGUAGCAUAUUUAUAAUAAUGGGAUGUCAUCGCUAUUGCUACAAUACUGACAUCACUCUUCUGAGCAGAAACCGAAACUGUAAAUUUAAACCUUUUAGUUAUCACCUUACCUGAAAGAGGUUAGUUGAAAUAACUCACCCAGAAUGUAUUAUAUUAACCAUCAAGUUUAAGUUAUUAAAUUCAGACUAUUUAUAAGUUAUUGUCAUAGGGCCUGCCUCAUGGGUUAGGAUAUUUGAGUAAUCAUCAGAUACUUACAGUAAAAACUUUGACUUAAAAAUACUGUUAAUGAAGGUUCCCUGGCACUUUUCUUAUUUUUAAAUUAUUCUUACAGGUAGUGGUAGGUAAUUCAAUGCUAUAAUGAGGUUAGCGCCCUGAUAAACAGUGAAUUUUUUUUUUUUUUGGUGAGUGGUCCAGAGCUUUAAGCUACUGUUCUCAUAGUUUGCAGCCCUCUCCCCGGUACUUUGACUGUUCUUUCAAUAAUGCUGAUUGUGCAUCAAACUGUGUCUACAAUGGGCAACAGAUGAAGUUGGUUAAUAUGUCUCCAGCACCAAGCAUCCCUAUUUUCUAUUUAUUAUGAGUACUCACUUUCAAUAAUGUAUUUCAAACAGAUAUUUUUGUAAACAAAUCAAUGUAAGGACUGAAGUGGUAACUUAAUAAAGUUAAUUUGUUUAUUUUUUG